AAUCCAAGUCGGCAGAGGAAAGUGAAAAGAAUACAAAGAGAAAUGCUCGUGAAAAGAGAAAGAUGGGGUCGGAUAUAACUGAAGAACAGUCUUCAUACAAGCGACUUAGAGAUGUUGGAAAUCCAGAGAAAGCACCUGAGGAGAAUAAACAUCAAGUGCAGAACUCUUCUCAGGUGACAAAAGUGGAAGGGGUCAAUUGGAAGAAUACUAAAAUUGAUGAUAACCCAAGUGAGCAACAGUUUAGCCACGAAAAAAACAGAGCAUAUUCUGAUCACUGCACUGCUUUUAUAUCAAAUCUUCAUCCUACGGCAAAUUAUGAACAUAUUCGUAAUUUCUUCAGUGAUGUUGGUGGAAUUGUUGCCAUACGGAUCCUGCAUGACAAAUUCACUGGAAAAUCAAGGGGACUAGCAUAUGUGGACUUCAUGGAUGAUGAACACCUUGCUGCUGCAAUUGCUAAGAACAAGCAAAAGUUAAUUGGAAAGAAGCUAAGUAUUGCUCGGUCUGACCCAAAGCGAGGUGGAAGGGAAUCUUCUAAUCCAAAGACAUUGAAAGAACAUGGUAUGUGCAAUUUGAAUAUUUUUACUUAGACAUAACAUAAGGGCAUGCAUGGAUGUGCUGGCACCUGUAAUCCUCUCUGCUAGUAAUCUUGAUGUAUACUUGAUACUUUGUAUAGAUAUAUAGAAAGUUGCAGUUAUCUAAUAAUUACAUGUAAAGCACGAACUCCUUUUCUAUCUAAUACGUUACAAUACUGGACACAUUUCGGACAUUGACACCUAGUUAGCAUUUGUUUGACAUGUGUUAAACACUUCUCUUCAAGUGUCAAAUUAGAAUGCUAUUUUUUGUCUGCUUGGACACAUGAGUGACCUGACCCCUUCUAUAUGGAUGAACACACUACGAUUGUUA